AACUCAGAAUUAAAUACCAGAAACCAAAAUGCUGACUGCUGCUUAAUCAUAAUUCAUUUAUACCUUUAUAAUCACUCAGUUACUGUCAAUAUAUAUUUUUGAGUCCAUAAUACACUUGAGACUCUUUCCCUUUCAUUUGAUCAAAUUAAAAUGGGGACCUUUGCUUUCUUCAUCCUCUCUCACUCUUUGAUUUCUUCCCUUACGUAUAUAAAAUUCUGCUUUGCAUUUAACAAAAUAACUUCAAACCAAUCCAUCAGUGAUGGACAAAUUUUAGUUUCCUCAGGUCAAAGAUUUGAGCUGGGCUUCUUCUCUCCUGGCAAUAACAAAAAUAGGUAUCUGGGAAUAUGGUACAAGAAUGCUCCACAUAUAGCUGUGUGGGUUGCUAACAGAAAUAGCCCAAUUACAGAUUCAAGUGGAGUUUUAACCAUCACCAACAAUGCAACACUUGUUCUUCACAACCGAAUGAAGAGCCCAAUCUGGUCUUCGAAUACAUCAAGAGUAGCUGAAAGCCCCUUUGUGCAGCUAUUAGAUACUGGAAACCUUGUUAUCAUGGACAAGACUAGGCGGAGCACAGAAAGCUAUAUAUGGCAGAGCUUUGAUUUUCCAUCUGACACAAGGUUACCGGAUAUGAAGAUAGGAAAGGAAUCCGAUGAUGAUCUGGAGCGAUAUCUGGUGUCGUGGAAAAGUGCUGAUGAUCCAUCUCCAGGAGCUUUCACAUACAGAAUUGAUGAUAAUCAUGGACUGCCUCAGUUGGUUAUACUCGGGGGAUCAGCAAAGACAUACCGCACUGGGCCUUGGAAUGGAAUUCAAUUCAGUAGUUUUACUAGAUUCAUAAAUCUAGCUUAUUCACCAGUUUUUGUUUACAACAAGGACAACUCGUAUUAUGUGUAUGAGCCGUACAAUUACACAGCUUUUACGAGGCUAACUUUGAAUCAGUCAGGCUUUCUUCAACGUUAUAGACUGAAUGAAAGAAGCAAUGAAUGGUCUCUCUUGUAUACAUUACCAAAGGACCAGUGUGACAGUUAUAGGCAGUGUGGUGCUAAUGGUAUUUGCAGAAUUCAGAAAGCACCAGUAUGUGAGUGUUUGAAUGGGUUCACUCCCAAAUUACAAGAAGAUUGGCAAAUGCAAGACUGGUCAAGUGGAUGCAUGAGGAGGACGGCACUGGAUUGCCAGAGUGAAGAGGGCUUUUUGAAAGUUGAGAAGGUGAAACUGCCCGAUCUUUUGGAUCAGUUCUGGUUAAACAAGAGUAUGAGCCUCAGGGAGUGCAAGGCAGAGUGCUUGAAAAACUGUUCUUGCGUGGCUUAUGCUAAUUCAAACAUUAGUGAAGGAGGCAGUGGCUGCUUGAUGUGGUUUGGAGAUCUAAUUGAUAUUAGAGAGUUCACUGGAGAAGGUAACGAUUAUGAUAUCUAUAUCCGGUUAGCAGCCUCUGAACUAGAAUCAAUCCAUAAUUCAAAUAAGAAGAAUAAACUGGUGAUUAUUCUUGUGGUAUCUUCCCUUUCUGGACUGCUUAUAAUGGGCAUGGUACUAUGGUGCGGCAUAUGGAAGAAGAGGAUUAAGAGAAAAGGUGAAGACUGGGAGUUACCUUUAGUUGAUUUCUCCACCAUUGUUACGGCUACUAACAACUUUUCCCUUGCAAAUAUGCUCGGAGAGGGAGGCUUUGGUCCAGUUUACAAGGCAAAUCUUUCAAAUGGACAAGAAAUAGCAGUGAAGAGGCUGUCCAGGAAUUCCAGACAGGGUCUUGAGGAAUUUAAGAAUGAGGUCACUUUGAUAGCCAAACUUCAGCAUAGAAAUCUUGUGAGGCUUCUGGGCUGCUGCAUUCAAAAAGAAGAAAGGAUGUUAAUCUAUGAGUAUAUGUCCAACAAAAGCUUGGAUUAUUUUAUUUUUGAUCAAGAUCGCAGUGCAUUAUUGCCAUGGGGAAAGCGCUUUAACAUUUUUAUGGGGAUUGCGCGAGGACUUCUCUACCUCCACCAAGAUUCAAGAUUAAGAAUUAUUCACAGGGAUCUAAAAACUAGCAAUAUAUUGCUAGACAGUGAAAUGAACCCAAAAAUUUCUGACUUUGGAUUAGCAAGAAAUUUUGAGAGUGACCAAAUUUAUGCAAAAACAAGAAGAGUUAUUGGAACACAUGGCUAUAUGUCCCCCGAGUAUGUAGUUCAUGGGAAGUUUUCUAUGAAAUCCGAUGUCUUCAGCUUUGGUGUGCUCUUAUUAGAGAUAGUGAGUGGCAGAAGGAACAGAGGGUUUUUUCAUUCAAAGCACAACCAUAACUUGUUGGGACAUGCAUGGAUACUGUGGCAUGAAGAUAAGGGCUUGGAACUGAUGGAUGCAUGUUUGAAGGAUUCAUGUGUUGAAUCGUCUCAAGUGCUGAGAUGUAUUCAAGUCGGUCUCUUAUGUGUGCAAAAACUCUCCGAAGACAGGCCACCAAUGUCAUCUGUAGUUUCCAUGUUGGGUAACGAAGGAUCAACAAUACCUCAACCAAAGCAGCCCGGUUUUUUCACGGAAAGUUCCAGUACUGAUGAUGAAGUUGAAUCUAAAGAUAUAGGGUCCCACACAAAUGAUACAGCAACUAUAACAAUGCUGGAACCUAGAUAGAUUAUUCAUGUAAAAUAAUAAUUCAACCAUAACGUUUUGUAAUAUUGAGACGGUAAUGCGACAUCAGGCACUGUAUCUUAUUUAUCUCUUAUUGUUUGUAUUUUUGCAUUAAUCUUCAACGCUCUUUGUUGUUU